AUGGAAGGUUGCAUUGCCCUCAGACAGGAAGUCGUAAACAUGUUGCGGCAGGGACAUCUCAAAGAGCUGCUAAGUGACAGGGGUAGAAAUAACUUCGCUAGAGGAUGCGAACACCAAGGAACGCCGAAGCCGCCAUCACCAGCUCGUACAAUCAAUAUGAUCAUCAGCCGCGGCGAUGAUGCCUCGAUCAACGACGUUAAGCUCACCACCAUGCAUAAGCUUAAGCAGUCUAUCACCCGCGAACAGUACAACGAACUCCAAAAAAGUAUCAUCUUCGAUGUGUCAGAUGCCGACGAUUUGACUUUCCCUCAUAAUGAUGCCCUUGUUAUUACUUUACGCAUUUUGGAUACCGAUGUUAACAUAUCAUGGUGGACGACGGAAGCGGCGCUUGAGCGGCCGUCAGGGGAAAUCACAAUGCCCGUCUUGGCCGGCGGCGUAACACUGGAGACGACAUUCCAUAUCAUGGACCAGGCCAGCGCAUAUAACGCAAUAGUGGGACGAUCGUGGAUACAUCCCAUGAGAGCCAUCCCCUCCAUCCUAUACCAAAUAAUAAAAUUCCCAACACUAUCAAGAAUAUUCAGCAUACGCGGGGAACAACGCAUGUCCCGAGAGUGCUACCGUAUUGCCUUAGAUAGCACGACAACCCAACAGAAAAAAAUAAGGAAAAAGAGGCAUAGCAAUCAACAAGGCCGAGGUCGACACAGGGAGAGACCGGAGACACUAUCACGGAUCCCGAAAUGGUCGAGGCAGCCGACUCGACCAUAG